AUGUCGUCGGCAACGGUAGCCAUUGUUGGAGCUGGUCUUGUGGGUGCAUUGAAUGCCGUCUACUUUGCACAGCGUGGCUGGCAUGUCGACCUUUACGAGCUUCGCCCAGAUAUGCGUCUCGAGGAAAACAAAAGGAAUCAGCGCGGCAAAUCGAUCAAUUUGGCUCUCUCGGAACGAGGCUUAAGCGCAUUACGAGCUACAGGAUUGGGGUUGGAGGAUAUUAUUCUUGAGGCAUCUGUGCCGAUGCGAGCUCGUAUGGUACAUGUCGGUGACAAGCAACUUUCCCAGGCUUACUCGGUGCAUGGUGAGCACAUCAAUGCCGUGGAUCGAGCACGAUUGAAUGAAUUGCUUGUGGAUGCCGCUGAAAAGAUGGACAAUGUCUCACUCCACUUUGAACAUCGAUUAAAGUCUAUCGAUUUUGAAAAGAACCAAUUGACGUUUGAGAAUGGCAGUGUGCAUCAUGCUGAUUUGAUCAUUGGAGCCGAUGGAGCCUAUUCACGUACACGAGCACAGAUCAUGCGUAGAGUACGAAUGGAUUAUCAGCAAGAAUACAUUGACACUGGCUAUUGUGAACUUUCCAUGCCACCUGUUAUUGGAAAGGAUGGUCAACCUGAAUUUGCUCUUGAUCCCAACCAUUUGCAUAUUUGGCCUCGCCACACGUUUAUGCUCAUUGCAUUACCCAACCCUGAUCGUACCUUUACUUGUACAUUGUUUAUGCCAUUCAAGAUGUUUGAGGAGAUUGAUACCAAAGAAAAGCUUAUGGCAUUCUUCAAGAAGCACUUCCACGAUGCUAUUCCUUUGAUUGGCGAAGAAUGUAUUAUUGACGACUAUUUCACCAACCCCCGUGGAUCUUUGAUCACUAUCAAGGCCUCUCCACACAACUUGGCAGACAAGGCCGUCGUGAUUGGUGAUGCAGCUCACGCGAUGGUGCCAUUCUAUGGACAAGGCAUGAAUUGUGGUUUCCAAGACGUUGAAGUAUUGCACCAAGUGUUGGAUCAGUACAAAGUCAAGCCCGACAAUUUAAGCUCGCUGGGUCAAGCUCUUGAAACCUACUCUGAGAAACGUGUCAAAGAUGCCCAUGCUAUUUGCGACUUGGCCAUGUACAAUCAUUAUGAAAUGCGUUCAGCAGUGACCUCGCUUCGAUUCCUGGCACGCAAAAAGAUUGAAGGCCUGAUUCACCUUGUUUUCCCACGCUUGAUUGUACCUCUGUACACCAUGGUCAGUUUUACCACGCUACCCUAUUCGGAAACCAUUGCACGAUGGCAUCGACAAACAUUCUGGCUUAAUGUUGCCAUGGGAACGACAUCAUUUAUUGCCGUCGGCACAGCUGUGGGACUUGGAUUGCGUGCUCAUAAGGAUACGAUUAGAGAUGUGAUUCGACGUAGCAUUGAGCAAUACUUGUAG